AUGAAAUUAUUAAUAAUAAGAUUAAUUAUAACAGUUUCUGUUCCAAUAGUUGUUGGAGCGGCUAUUGUCUUGUUGAUUUUUUAUUAGAGUUUGUGGAGUGCACUCUACACAUGGGAAGAUGAUAGCGUCAAGUGGAUAAAUUAAACUUAGUAGUAGAUUUUACAUAAUUCUGCAUACUCUCAGUAGCUCAUAGAGACUUACAGCUUCAAUCAACUUUAGCUGCAUCUGGUAGUCAUGAACAGUAUAAUAUAAAAAUAUUAUAGUUCAGAACUAAUUAUUAAUCCAAACGCUUAGUUUCUUAAGUGUUCGUAUAGAGAACUAAUAUUUAAUGAGUGUCCACCAGACGUCUAUACAAAGCUCAAUUAAAGCAUUUUUUAUGUUGAUUUAUACUACAUCAGGGAAGGUUUUAACUUCAAUAAACUGACUACACAGCAGUAAGAGUUUAUAGUUAUGAAUGAAUUUGUAUCUUAUUAUGGAAGAGCUGCAAUACUUGCUUCAAUAUCUGAAGAGUUUUUGAAAAUAUAGACUCUUUACAAUGCAGAUACUACAUCUAUUAUGGCUCAUUAGCCAUCUAGGUAUUAAAAUUUUACAGCUUCAACCUAUCAGACUUGUUUAGGUACUGAUUUCAUUGAACCAUAUGAUCCAAGAUGCAGACCAUGGUAUAAAUAUGCUAAAUAACACGAAGGUUACUUUUUUUAUGAGCCAUAUUUGGACGCUAUUGAAGGAAACUUAGAAAUGACUCUUUCUUCACGAAUUUAUCAUAAUUCAGAAUUUAAAUCUGUUAGUAGUAUAGAUUAUGAAAUGAAUUCAAUUAUCUAGUUGUUCAAAGCAACUCAAUCUUAAAAUGCUUAUUCUGUGCUUUUUCAUGAGUUCAAUAAUACGAUAUUUUAUCAUCCAUAACUUAAUGCAUCAGAUGUGAUAUCAUGGGGAGAUUUAGAAUUUAAGAAUAUAACUGAUAACUGCUUUGGUGAUUAGGCUUUAGAAUUAUGUAAUCUUGAGAAAAAUAAUUUUGUUCAAUAACUAGAUUAGACAGUCAAUUUCAUAUAAACAUUAAAUUACUCUAUUGAGAAUCAGAUCAACACAGAUGGCUUAUAUUAAUAUUGGUCAAGAUAUGGAGUUAAUUUAAUAAGCUUAGUGUAUCCUAUUAGAAGCCAAAUAACUAAAUAUCCUACUCAAUAGCCUUAUUCGUUUUCUAUAAUACUUACUGCUAGAGUAUUAGUUGAUAAUAGUGACUCUUUGAAAUUGUUUAAUGUAUUAAAUGCAAACUUAAUUAAGAUUCCUCUUAUUGUUGAAUUUGUUGCAUUGAGUUGCCUUAUCUUCGUUUUUAUUAUAAAUUAUGGGCAUUUUUAAAUUUACUAAAUAUAAUACCCUAUCGAGUUACUUAUUAUAUUUUUGCAAAAGAGUUUAAUGGAAUAGCAAUAAUAUAAAAAUCCUGUCAAUAUGAAAAGUGAAACAAACGAUAAAGUAAAAUUAAAUUUAUUUACUAAGUAUUUAAAUACAGGCAAUACACCGAAAUUAAAUUAGAAUCAAAGUAAAAUAAUUAGUAAUCAAAGAAAUAAAAAUAUAUCUCAAGAGCUAUCAUAUAGCAUGAGCUUUUAAAAUAAUACUAAAUAGAUUUUCACUUUUUAGCAACACGACAAACAAGCUAUUCAAUUAGAUUAAUCAGGUACUAAUUUUAGAGGAAAGAUUUUAAAUUAAGAUGAGAUUUAAGAAACUCCAUCUAAAAUUAAUUAAAGUUUAUUUAAGAAAGACUCUUUUAAUGAGAGCAGAGUAUUAACCUAACAAUAAAAUAAUAGCAACUAUAAUUUUAUACAUAGAAGUAAUAGCAACUAUAAUUUUUUACAUCGAAGUAAUAGUAAUAAAAAUAGGGAUUAUAUGAAUGAUUCUAUUAAUAGAUCAUAGCAGGACUUGAUUAACUAGCCUAUGACAGAAUCUUACUUAAUUACACGAUCAACUAAUGCUACAAGAAUAACUUAGGACUUUGACUUUUUAACUUAGUUAGAGUAAAUUUAAGAAAAGGAAAAUGGACAAUCUAAAAUUUUGUCAGGUUUGAAGCCUCUUUUUUUAGAAAUGAAAAUCAUCAAAAAGACCUUUUAGAUGCUUGAAGAAGUUAUCAAUUAUUAGAUUCAAGCAUACUCUCAAGAUGAGCAGGAUACAAUGAAAACUCUUUUCCAUUUUUCUAAGGCCAAAAGCACAUUUUAAAAUCUUCAAAAUUUAACUGGACUGAGUCGUUGCUAUUUUAAUCUAGGAAUAAUUUACCUAUUAAAAAAUGAAUAUGAAUAAUCAUGUGAGUAUUUUGAAGCAUCUGUGACACAAAGUUUGCAGCUUAUUGGGAUAGACUGUUUAGAUUAAAUAAAUGAAAAUAUGUUUGUAAACAUAUAAGAUGAUUAAAAAGACUAGCUAUUUAUAUUUUGCAAGAGAAUACUAUCAUAUGCACAUUCAAUAAAGUAACAAUCUCUUGAACUAGCCUAGGAAGAACUCCAAUAAAAGUAAUAAUAAUAAGUUAUAAAUUAACUGAAUAAGAAAUCUUCAAUCAAAUAUUUAAUGUUGAGGUCAAUAAGAUUAUUCAAGGUAGUAUAAAAAAUUACCUAUAAUUGUUAUUAAAAAAGUCCUUUCCAAGAUAUAUUUUUAAUAUUUUUGUAUUAAGAAAUGAUAGAAAUGUUUAUUUAUCUCUAAUAAACUCAUGAAGUUGAUUAAUAUUUUGAUAAAUCAAAUGCUUUACUAGAAGUAAAUUUAUAUAAGUUAGAAUUAAAUAAUAACAAUACUAAAGAUAAGAAAUAUUUAGAAUAAUUAAAAACAAAAAACAUAAUUUUAGAAUUAUUAAAAACUAAACAAAAGUUUUUAUCAGGGAUAAUUGAAAAGUAAAACAAGAAUUAUAAACAAGCUCUUGAGUAUUUUACUUAAAGUUUGGAAUAUGGUACACAUUUUAACCCUUUCUUCAGAUAAAAAGUGAUUUAAAACAUAAAGCUCUUAUUUGAUGAGCUCUAAUUAUAAGGAAAAGUGAUAGAUGAACAAUUUGAUGACUUUGACAGCAAUACUCCAAUAGACUUAGUUUAUGCAAUUCAAUUAAACUCAAUGUCCUCAUUUAUAAUAGCAGAAUCCUGCCUUGAAAAUAUAAAAAAAUCAAAUUUUUUCAAAAAAAAUGAUCGAAUUUAAAUAGUCAUUUUCAAUUAAGAACUCGAUGUAUUGUUACCUUAUACUUAGAUAAAGAGUGAUUACCAAUACUAGUUAAUGAUAAGCUCAAUAUAAAAAAUUGGACUUAAAACAACUUUAAAUCAAAACUUAAAUUUAAAAAAACUAGAUUAUAUCUAAGCAAUCAAUUAAACUUUAGAUCAUGUCUAUGAAUUUAAAGAGUCAUAAUUGGUUUAACUAGAGGAAAUAUAUAAGCUUAAUAUUAAAUAUAAUAAAAAUAAAGAAGAUUCAUUUUCUUAAUAAUUAUAAAAACAUUAUUAGAUCAUUAAAUAAAAUGAUUUAAAUUAAAGAAAAAAAAUAAUAAUUUUACAAAGUUCAGAUCAGUUCACUUAAAACGAUCUCACCAUAAAAAAAAGUUUUAUCAAAUUAUAAAAAAUUUUAAAAUUAGAAAAACCCACUGUUUUUCAUUUAAUAGACUACCAAUCAAUUAUUGAUAAAAAGCAAGGGAAGCCAUUUUAAUCAGAUUUCAUUGAAUAUCAGUCAUUCUACGAAGAAAACAAGUUAAUCACUAAAUUAAAUAAGCUGAGAAACUCUGAAAUGCUCAACCCAGAGUAUGAAUUUAUGACCAUCUUAAAUAACUACUGA